AAACUUUAAAAAGUCGCCGGCCACUGGGACGUAAACUUAUUUCCGAUCUGAGCUUGGAGCUGAAAACAACCCAUCCGGACAAAAUCAGCAAUAGCAGUGGCCAUGAAGUGCACUUUGCUAACCACCUUGCUGGCAUCCCUGGCGGUGUCCUCUUUGGCCGCCCCCUUCGAUUUGGGUGAUCUCUUCCCGGGCUUCCAGCCCGUGGAGAAACAGGAAGUGGUCAAGCGGCAGGUGCAGGCCAAUCCCGAUGCCGAGCUGAAGCAGAUCUCGUUCCACGGCCUGAUCGGAGAUCUGGAGGACAGUCUGUUCCAGUCCGCCCUGAGUCUGCACCAGGCCAGUGCUCCGGGCAGCGAAGUGGAGGAGGUGAAGCCCCAGUCCCAGGCGGCAAUCGCAGAGGAUGAGGACCACGCGCUGGCCAAGCGAUCGGAUGAGUCCACCCCGGCCACAGAUGCCGCCAUCUCCACGGACGAUGGACGCAAGAUUCUGCUGCAGACCACCAGGAAGGUGCCCAACAGCGAGGAUGGUGUGCCCGCCCACCUGAUCAUCGACCAUGUCUCGGUGCAGCCACACAAUGGCGGUGUCCUGUCGCUGAUCCCCACCUUCCAGGUGCACCACACCAAGGUGAUCUCGGCCACCAUCAAGGAGGAUUCGAGCAGCGACAGCAGUGAUGGCAAGCAGACCAAGAUUAGCAUCACCAAGACAUCGAUCACGUCCACGGCUCCCAUUGAGAGUGUGGAGGAGGCGGUGGCCAUUGCCGGCUCCCUGGGCACCACCGAGGAAGCCUCCACCAAGACGGAUGCGGUGACCACUACUAAGGUCACGGAGAAGGAGGAGACCACCACCGCCAAGGCGGCGGAGAAGGAGGAGACCACAACCUCAAAAGCGGCGGAGAAGGAGGAGGUGGAGAAGAGUUCAACCACCAUCCUGACCAUCGUGGGCAGCUCCACCACUUCCACUUCCACCACCAGCACCACCACCACCGAGGAGCCCAUCGAGAAGCUGAAGAAGGACGAGGAGAAGCUCAAGGAGAAGGUGGCCGAGGUGGAGGCCGAUCCCGUCAUCCUAUCGGCUCGCGUUUAAGCCAGUCGACCUCUGAACCCUCUAGUUGUAACACCCUCAUCUCCAACUCAUCCCGCACUCACAUAUUUAUGACACGCCAAGUUCAAUUAAAGUCAUGUGACUCGAUCUGAUGCGAA